CUUGGCUAAUUGCAUGGGGCCUGCAUACCUGGGUGGUAAGGAGGGACUGGAGCACCGGCAUACCCUUUAAAUAAGAGAACAUUUAAACGUCAUUGCUUUCAUGUUUGUCUCCUCGCUUCUAAUUACUGAAGGCAGCUGACUUUAAAGCAUAGGCCAUUUCCUCCUCUUCCUGCAGCGGGGUCAUAACAGCUUGUUUAUAGACUACCGGGCUGGUUUGCUGCAACAGAUUGGGACUUUAAAUAGAAGGUUGCUAAGAGUGAGGUAAGGGCGAUGAGAGCAUCGGGCUCGCUCAAAACAAGUCGCCUGGUAUUUGGGGAGAUGGGAGCGGCCAACAAAAGAGCAUCAAGGGAGCGGCGAGGGAAGAGCAGUUGUCUCCAGCAGUUGCCAUAAGACGUGUGCGAAGGAGGAAGAGGAUGGAGGGCAGCUCCGGAAAGGACUCGGGCUGUGCAGAUGAGGCAGGGAACAAGCCAAGGAGCCUGCGGAGAAACAAAGGCACAUUUGCAGAGUGGCUGGGCAUAGGCAGAAUUUCACCCCUGUUCACAAGGGAAUUAACACUGACUGCAGAAUUCAGGCAGCACCCACGGGCUGCACUGGGUGCCGCCCGCGGCUCUGGCAUGGCCACAAAGCAGACCAGCGAGAGCAUCCCGACCACCGAGCGCGUCCCAAACACCAAGUGCAUCCCGACCACCGAGCGCAUCCCGACCACCGAGCGCAUCCCGACCACUGAGCACAUCCCGAACACCGAGCGCAUCCCGAACACCGAGAACAUCCCGACCUGGCAUCGGCUGCGGGGCUUAACUCAGGACAAGAGGAAUGUGCAGCCCUUCUUCCCAUCCUUCAGCUGGCCACGACCCCUUCCCAUGGCUUUCUUGGGCCUUUCUCUUUCCCACUGCAGACCAGAAAUGCUGGGCACCGUGCUUCUCGCAGGUCCCGCGCUCGCUGCGCUUUCCCGCUUCUCUUGGCUCUCCCCAUGGCAUGACCCAUUCAUUUUAAGAAAAAAAAACCCUGCUCCUGACACUGUCAGGGCCACCUGCAGCCCACAAACCUGCCGCCCGAGUGAAAACCUUAGGCCAGCUAUAAAGGUCCUCACGCGACCAACACCGCUGGAAGCCCCCAGCCCCUCACCGCCCCGGGGCUCGCAGCGCUUUCCCAAGGCAGAGCUCUGUGGCUGUGUGCAUUGGGACCGGGCAUUGCUAAUCCACCUCCCUCUCCCCCCCUCUUACAAAUUAGGACGUAAGGGUGAGCUUUGGCUCUCUGUAUAUGGACUUUGUUGCAUUGCAUACUACCCCCCCAGACCCCUCCCAGAGUUUAGUGCUCUAAAUUGCUAAGAACAUUGGUCCCCCGCGCGCACUGAGGCUGCCGGAUGGCUUUCAGCAUCUGUAGGCACUGCUGCCGUUUGUGGUCUUGAGAAAAGGAUAUACUGUUCUGCUAUAAAUUCAACAAUACAAUCCUUAGUUCUGAAGAUAUAGUUUCC